AUGGGCUCAGCCAAGAGCGUUCCAGUCACGCCGCCGGCGCGGCCUCCACCGCACAACAAGCUUCUGGCUCGAGUGGCGGACCCGCGUUCACCCAGUGCUGGCAUCACGCGCACUCCCAUCCAGGUGGAGAGCUCUCCACAGCCCAAUCUAGCAUCCGGGAAACAGCUGGAGGAUCCUAACCAGGCCGAGGACUCAGAUCCCCGCUCUCCUACCCUUGGCAUUGCACGGACACCUAUGAAGACCAGCAGUGGAGAGCUCACAGCCCCACUGGUGAAAGAGCUGAGUGAAGAAUUUGAGGCAGAAACCCCCAAGUCAAAUCUUCCCCCAGAGCCUGUUCUAGAGGUACCUUCAUCUUCUGAUGUGGACUUGCCUCUGGGCACCCAGUGUUCCCUUGAGGACCAGAUGCCUCAUGGGAGCCAGACUGAGCUCCCCUCCAAGCAGGUGUUUUCCGAGGAAGAAACAGGACAGCCCUCAGAAACCCUCAUGACUGGCCAGGGCUCAGACAAGCCCACGAGAGACCCUGAGACGCCUAGAUCUUCAGGUUCUAAGCGAAAUAGACGGAAACCAAAGGGCAAGGCACUAGGGAGAUCUCCCCUCACCAUCCUGCAGGAUGACAACUCCCCUGGGACUCUGACACUACGACAGGGUAAGCGGCCUUCUUCCCUGAGUGAAAACGUCAGGGAACUAAAGGAAGGGGCCAUUCUGGGAACUGGACGGCUUCUGAGAAGCGGAGGACAAGCGUGGGAGCAAGGUCAGGACCAUGACAAGGAAAACCAGCACUUUGCGUUGGUAGAGAACUAG